AUGUUUUCCAAGAUCUGGACAUUUGCUAUCCUCAUCGUUGCGCUCGCACUCCAGGCGCAAGCGCAUGCUGGCGUCUCCCCCGUUUUAGGCGUUGCUGGAGCUGCGAAACGCAGUGACGUUAAGCGUCCUAGUGCAGCAAACCCCUGUGGCGCCGGUGUUAACAUAGCAGGGACUAUUGACAAGUCGACGGCGGUUCAAGCGGCGGCUGAUGGCUCCUUCAAGGCAACCGCGGUAGACUUCAACGCUGGUGGUGAUGGCUCUCGUCAAUUUACAGCUCAAGUUGAUGCCACUGGAGUUGGCAAAACCUUUGUUGCCGCAAAAGUGACUACAAACGGAGACCCUGCACCCAAGACAGUAGGAUCGCAACCGCUUGUUGUCCAAUUGCCCGCAGGUACCAAAUGCACCGGGGGUGCGACAAAGAAUAAAUGCCUCGUGUCGUUCAAAAGCUCUGCUGGCUUUGGUAAUUGCGUAGUCGUUCAACAAGGUGGUGUCGCCGCCACUGCUGGCAAGAAAGUUGCUGCCGGAACACGCGCUGCCCGUGCCAUGCUCGCAGGUCUGGAGACGCGCUUCGAGGACACUGCCGCCACGCUCAAGCGUAGUAUUACAGAUUGGAUGUGGGUUUGAGAAAGUUCAUUGGGGGUUAUUUAAAGUUCUCCGCCCUCGCUCGUUCGUAGGUAGUGAAUACUUAAAGGGGUGAUGUUUU